AUGAAAGGACCAGGAUCGACUGUUCAUUACCCCUUGUCCUGGUGCCCGAUACGAAAACGUCGCGACACAGCCACAGCUCACGGGUCCUCGACACUAACGAUUGGUGUCACAUUGGAGUCUUCUAUACUUUCUUCUUCGAAUAUUACAAGGAACUUUUGGUACCUGCACCCGCAUCUCCACUUUGGCGUGCAUGCAGACGUUGACUGCAAGUGCGUUGCUGCAGCCUUAUUUUUUUCCCAUUGCAACAAGCCGAUUCGUGCUCAUUGUGCACAUCCUUGCCAGCGGCAGAUCUGGAUUACGCGGCAUUUGGCUAGGAACAUUUUUCUGAGUGGUGUAUUUGAUCGUUUAGGACUUUCUUUUUUCGUGGCCAUCCUCACACUCAUUUCGCUAUCACGACGCACAAUCUCAGACGAAAACACUGUUCCGACCAGUUCAAAAGCACAGAUCCUUGAGGAAGCAUGCUCAGGCGGGUGGACCAGAUACACUAGAAGUUUUUCUUCCGGCAACUGCAAUAUUCCAAUUUGCGAGGAUGCUUAG